CGCGUGAUUUUUAUCGCGUCCAUUUUUUGUGCGGGGAUAAAUAAAUAAAUAAGGGCAGCUGCCGCCCGCCGCCCCCCGCCGCCAGCCCGCGCGGCGCCGCUAGGGGCGGCAGCCGGGCCCCGCAUCGCCCCGCGCCGCUCGGCUCAGGAGAGGGAGGCAGCGGGGCGAUGCGGAGCCCCCUCCCGUGACUCCGGCUCUCCGCCAUGCCAUGGGUUAGGCGGACUCCAUCCCGCAGCCGAGAGGGCACCAGCCAAGCGAGGCGGCGGCAGGCAGCGGCGCGGUCCGGCAGAGGAGCGGCGGGAGGCGGCGGCGGCGGGAGGCGAGCGCGGCGCCCCGCGGCCCCUUCCAUGGACGGCGGCGAGGAAUUAUGAGCCGCGGCCGGCGGCCGGGACUGGCGCUCGCCCGCUGGGGCUUUCCCCGCUGCGCGCCCCGGGGCGCCGGGGCUCCGCUCUCCUACGGCACCCCCCUCGGCAGCCGCCGGCCCCGUCUCCUGACCCCCCGACGCUCGCUCCGUCCCCUCUCUCCCUGCCUGGCGCUCGGGGUUGGGAUAAUCUCGCUCGCACCCAAACCACAGCGCUCCCGCGGCUAAUCCUGCCCUCUCCCCUCUCCCUCCCCACCCCGCCCCCGGCCCUUCCUCUCCCGGCGCUGCCCUCUCCCCUCCCCGCUCCCCCUGCUCGCCCCCCGGGGCCCCUCCGUCCCCGUCCUCCCGCUGCCGCCGGCGGCCCGGCGGGUGGGUGCGAGGUCGGGGCUGCCGGGCACCCCGCCCCUCCCCGGCGGGGCCGUCAUUAGGCUGCCGGUUGAUUACAGGGUAUUGAUUUGUAUGUGCUGCUCCCGGCGCCGGCCGCUCCCGCUGCUGCUGCCGGAGUUCGGGCAGCGCUUCUCGUAGCGGCGGCGGCAGCUCCUACCAAACAUGUCGGCUCCCGCCGGGCCCCGGAGCGGCCCCGCCGCUCCUCAGCCUCCUCCGGCCCCGCAGCCCGAGAUGCCGGACCUCAGCCACCUCACGGAGGAAGAGCGGAAGAUCAUCCUGGCCGUCAUGGACCGCCAGAAGAAGGAAGAGGAGAAGGAGCAAUCCGUGCUCAAGGUCAAAGAAGAGCAAAAACCACAGCCGACACAGUGGUUUCCCUUUAGUGGGAUCACUGAGCUGGUAAAUAACGUUCUUCAACCACAGCAAAAACAGCAAAAUGAAAAGGAGCCCCAGACAAAAUUACAUCAGCAGUUUGAGAUGUAUAAGGAGCAAGUCAAGAAGAUGGGUGAAGAAUCACAGCAGCACCAGGAGCAGAAGGGUGAUGCCCCAACCUGUGGCAUCUGCCACAAAACCAAAUUUGCUGAUGGCUGUGGCCAUAACUGUUCCUAUUGCCAAACGAAAUUCUGCGCGCGCUGCGGAGGAAGAGUGUCUCUGCGGUCCAACAAGGUAAUGUGGGUAUGUAACUUGUGCCGAAAACAACAAGAAAUCCUCACGAAAUCGGGAGCCUGGUUCUAUAACAGCGGGUCACACGCCCCGCAGCAGCCGGACCAAGAGGGAAGCAGAGCUCUGAGGAACGAGGAAGCACCGCAAGAGAAAAAAGCAAAACUGCAGGAGCACCCGCAGUACCAGGGACCACCAGGUGACAUAUCCACACAAGCUUUGGACAAAAACAGGUCUCAAGGGCUCACAAGACAAGACUCAAUUAAGAAUGGUUCAACAGUAAAGCAUCCAGUAGCGAGUGACACAUCAGACAGGAAAAGAAGCCCUUCAAUAUCAAGAGAACAGAGCAGAAGAUACGACCAAAGGGACGAGAGAGACGAAUAUUCACAGUAUGCUACAUCAGACAGUGCGAUGCCCAGGUCACCAUCAGAUUAUUCAGAUAGGCGGUCACAGCGUGGGCCCCAGUUAUACGAGGAACCUGAACUGGGUGAUUAUAGAGAUUCCAACAGAAGGAGCCGCAGGCGUUCCAAGGAGUAUCCGGUAGAAGAAGAAGAUGCACAAAGCAGGGAAGAAUAUGAGAGACAAAGGAGGGAAGAGGAAUACCAGGCACGAUACCGGAGUGAUCCUAAUUUGGCUCGUUAUCCAGUCAAGCCGCAGCCAUAUGAGGAGCAGAUGCGUAUCCACGCUGAAGUGUCCCGAGCGCGGCAUGAACGCAGGCAUAGCGAUGUCUCACUGGCAAAUACAGAGCUGGAGGAUUCCCGGAUGUCCAUGCUCAGGAUGGAACGGCCAUCAAGGCAAAGAUCCGUGUCUGAGCGCAGGGCUGCCAUGGAAAACCAACGUUCAUACUCUAUGGAAAGAACUCGAGAGGCUCAGGGACCAAGUCCCAAUCGUCAGAGGACCACAAAUCAUAGCCCUCCUACACCUAGGAGGAGUCCAAUUCCUCUGGAAAGACCAGACAUGAGGCGCUCUGAUUCUUUAAGGAAACAGCAUCAUUUGGAUCCCAGUUCUGCUGUCCGGAAAACAAAACGUGAAAAGAUGGAGACCAUGUUACGGAAUGAUUCACUCAGCUCGGACCAGUCUGAAUCUGUCAGACCUCCACCACCAAAGCCCCAUAAAACGAAAAAAGGAGGUAAAAUGCGCCAGGUUUCAUUAAGUAGCUCAGAAGAAGAAUUGGCAUCCACACCAGAAUAUACAAGUUGUGAUGAUGUAGAGAUUGAAAGUGAAAGUGUUAGUGAAAAAGGGGACAGUCAAAGGGGAAAAAGAAAAACUAGUGAGCAGGCAGUUUUGUCGGAUUCUAACACCUUAUCCGAGAGGCAAAAGAAAAUGGUCUGCUUUGGUGGCCACUCUUUGGAAGAGGACUUGGAAUGGUCUGAGCCUCAGAUAAAAGACUCUGGGGUAGAUACGUGUAGUAGCACAACUCUAAACGAGGAACAUAGCCAUAGUGAGAAGCAUCCAGUAACUUGGCAACCAUCCAAAGAUGGAGAUCGUCUCAUUGGUCGGAUUUUGUUAAAUAAGCGACUAAAAGAUGGAAGUGUGCCUAGAGAUUCAGGAGCAAUGCUUGGAUUGAAGGUAGUAGGAGGAAAGAUGACUGAAUCAGGUCGACUCUGCGCAUUUAUCACCAAAGUUAAAAAAGGAAGCUUAGCUGAUACAGUGGGGCAUCUUAGACCAGGUGAUGAAGUAUUAGAAUGGAAUGGAAGGAUACUACAAGGAGCCACCUUUGAGGAGGUGUAUAAUAUAAUUUUAGAAUCCAAACCUGAGCCGCAAGUAGAGCUUGUAGUUUCAAGACCAAUAGGGGACAUUCCCAGAAUACCUGACAGCACACAUGCACAGCUGGAGUCCAGUUCUAGUUCAUUUGAAUCUCAAAAAAUGGACCGACCUUCUAUUUCAGUGACUUCUCCUAUGAGUCCUGGCAUGUUAAGGGAUGUUCCACAGUUCUUGUCUGGACAACUUUCAAGCCAAAGCCUUAGUAGAAGAACAACGCCUUUUGUUCCUAGGGUUCAGAUAAAACUGUGGUAUGACAAGGUUGGUCAUCAGUUAAUAGUGACCAUACUGGGAGCAAAGGAUCUUCCUUCAAGGGAAGAUGGGAGGCCAAGGAAUCCUUAUGUUAAAAUUUACUUUCUUCCAGACAGAAGUGAUAAAAAUAAAAGAAGAACAAAAACAGUAAAGAAAACAUUGGAACCUAAGUGGAAUCAGACAUUUAUUUAUUCUCCAGUUCAUCGGAGAGAGUUUAGAGAACGAAUGUUAGAAAUCACUCUUUGGGACCAAGCACGAGUUCGAGAGGAAGAAAGUGAAUUUUUAGGAGAGAUUCUUAUUGAGUUAGAGACAGCAUUACUAGAUGAUGAACCCCACUGGUACAAGCUUCAAACACAUGAUGUCUCUUCAUUGCCACUUCCCCAUCCCUCACCAUAUUUGCCGCGCAGACAGCUCCAUGGAGAGAGUCCCACACGGAGGUUACAAAAUAAAGGCUUAUAUUCAUAUAAUUCAGGAUCCAAAAGAAUCAGUGACAGCGAAGUCUCUGAUUAUGACUGUGAUGAUGGAAUUGGUGUUGUUUCAGAUUACCGACAUAAUGGGAGAGAUCUUCAAAGUUCAACACUGUCAGUGCCAGAGCAAGUAAUGUCAUCUAACCAUUGUUCUCGAUCAGGGUCCCCUCACCGUGGAGAUAGUAUAGGACGGACUAGAUCGUGGUCUCCCAGUGUCCCUCCCCCACAAAGUCGGAAUGUGGAUCAGGGACUGCGAGGGACUCGAUCCACUGCUGCGCAUUACAACACCCUGAGCCGCAUGGACAGGCACCGAGCUGUGGACGACCACUACUCCCCAGACAGAGAGAGUCAUUAUGUUACUUUACCUCGUUCCCGGUACACCCAGUCCUCAGAUCACCAUUACAGGGAUGUCAGCCAGGAUCACACAAUGUAUCCUCUGUUUUGUGAAGAUGCAAUCAGAUUGCUCCGCUCCCGUACGAUGUGCCGUACCUAUUCUGAGGGUGCUUACUAUGAUCUUGAGAGGAGGACUAGGCAGGAGAGAAGAGUGCCUAAUUCAUAUUAUGAUGACACAGCCUAUACUCCUGAAAGGUGGUACAAUGGUGCAAGUUCAUGGGCAGAUGAUAUAGUCAAUGGUUCAGCUGAAAAAUAUGGGAAUUGUGAAGCAGCAGAUAGACAGCCAUAUCAAAGAUCCAGAUCAACAGAGCAACGUCCUGUGCUAGAGCGGACCAACUCCCGCUCCCGAUCCACAGAGCGUCCUGACUCAAACCUCAUCAGGUCGAUGCCUUCAUUAAUGACUGGAAGAUCUGCCCCUCCUUCACCUGCCUUACCGAGGUCACAUCCUCGAACUGGGUCUGUCCAGACAAGUCCAUCAAGUACUCCAGUAGUGGGGCGAAGGGGCAGGCAGCUACCACAGCUCCCACCAAAGGGGACGUUGGAGAGAAACAAUGGAGACAAGGAGAUAGAGUCUUAUGAAGAAGAAGCGGAAUCAUCAAGGAGAACAAACUCAGAAGAAAAGAAAACAGAUCCAGAGAAUGGGGAUACAGGUGCACUGGAUGUAGAAGAAAGGAAUCGCCAAAUGAAAAUGAGCAAGUACAAACAGGUAGCAGGAUCAGAUUCCAGGCUGGAACAAGAUUAUCAUUCUAAGUACCGGUCAGGGCGGGAUCCUCACCGAGGCUCAGACAAUGUUUCCAACAAGUCCUCGGACAGCGACGUCAGCGAUGUCUCGGCCGUGUCCCGGACCAGCAGCGCUUCCCGCUUCAGCAGCACGAGCUACAUGUCCGUGCAGUCGGAGCGCCCAAGGGGAAACAAGAAAAUCAGUGUCUUUACAUCCAAAAUGCAAAGCAGACAGAUGGCCAUCUCAGGAAAGAACAUGACUAAGAGCACCAGCAUCAGCGGGGAGAUGUACACGCUGGAGAAGAAUGACGGCAGCCAGUCAGACACGGCAGUGGGCACUGUUGGUGGUGGCAGCAAAAAGAGGCGCUCCAGCAUUGGCGCGAAGAUGGUCGCCAUUGUGGGGCUGUCGAGAAAGAGCCGGAGCACGUCACAACUCAGCCAGACUGAAGCAGGGGGCAAGAAGCUGCGGAGCACCGUCCAGAGGAGCACGGAGACAGGGCUGGCCGUGGAGAUGAGGAACUGGAUGACUCGCCAGGCGAGCCGGGAGUCGACGGAUGGGAGCAUGAACAGCUACAGCUCUGAGGGAAAUUUGAUAUUCCCUGGUGUGAGGUUGGCUGCAGACAGCCAGUUCAGUGAUUUUCUGGAUGGACUUGGUCCCGCCCAGCUUGUAGGACGACAGACAUUGGCAACCCCAUCAAUGGGAGAUAUUCAGGUGGGAAUGAUGGAUAAGAAAGGACAACUGGAAGUAGAAAUAAUCCGAGCCCGUGGCCUUGUUGUAAAACCAGGUUCAAAGACACUGCCAGCACCAUACGUAAAGGUGUAUCUAUUAGAAAAUGGAGUCUGCAUAGCCAAAAAGAAAACAAAGGUAGCAAGAAAAACGCUGGAACCACUUUAUCAGCAACUUCUAUCCUUUGAAGAAAGUCCCCAAGGGAAAGUUUUACAGAUAAUUGUUUGGGGAGACUAUGGACGUAUGGAUCACAAAUCCUUUAUGGGAGUGGCACAGAUACUUUUAGAUGAACUGGACCUGUCCAACAUGGUGAUUGGGUGGUUCAAACUUUUCCCUCCUUCUUCCCUAGUAGACCCAACCUUAGCUCCUCUCACUAGAAGAGCUUCCCAAUCAUCUCUUGAAAGUUCAACAGGACCUUCUUACGCUCGCUCAUAGCAGCUGUGAAACUGUUGUCAUAGCAACCAGCGUUACAAAAAAAUAAAAUUACAGGUCGCAAACCCUGGUAACACUGCAUGCUUAAUGUUGUGUCUUCUGAGCCUGUUUCUAGGGCUGCAACGCGAUCCUGUGUUCUCAAGGAAGUUGCACACAUUGUGCCCUACAGAAGGCCCUCAGGUGAUGGACUGAAAUCAUGAAGAACUGAUAGGUUUGGAGUUCAGGGACUCAGUUUUGGUCCAAUCUGAAGCCAUGGACUAAACUAAAAAAAAUCAAUCUGUUUCAUGCAACAAAAGUCCUUUUCAAUGGCAUAUCUGUUUUGUUGCUCCCUUUUCUUUAUUUAUCUGCCCUCCCCUCCUAAAGUUUGGUUAUGCCACAGAAACGGAGUUACCCUCCCAUGGAGCCACGUUACAAGUCAGUGGAUUAGCAGAGAUUGAAGAAAAGAAACUAAGGAUGCUGGAAAAAUCAACUGGCACUUGCAGCAGUUGCUUGAGAUCUGAAAACUCUUCAUAUUGAAAAGGUUCAAGACUUAAAGUGGCAGGCUUCAUACCUCCAGCUGUUCACACAGUGAAACCCCAGACAUGAUGGACUCUCUGAAAAAUAAAGUUCUGUGGAUAUACUGUACUGUAUGAAAUUAAGAAACUUUUUUGCAUGGACACAGAUUUAGCUGAACACUUAAAUUAUUUUCUUGGGGCUGCAACUUGCAAAAAAAAAAAAAAAGAAUAAA